GACAAUUCAUUUCUGCCUUCCAUCUUACAGCCUCUCACACCCAAGGGAUCCAGGAUUGGAAAGGCCAACUUCUCCCACCUUGUUGUUGGCUCAGCUUUCUGCACCUGCGUCGCUGCGUGGCACAGACACAGACAUGAGCAACCAGGAAACACUUGAUUCCUCCUUGAGAUUUCUUCAGUCUCCUUCAGAAUCAAAAAACAGAUUAAGGCCUGGUGGUAUUCAAAUACCUGGGAAAACUGAUGGCAAAGAAUUUUCAGUGUCCUGGCAUCUCUUUGUAGUGACUGUUGGGAUCCUCUGUUUACUUCUUUUGGUGACAGUCAGAGUUUUGGGGACAGUGAUUUUUCAGUGUAUUAAAGAAAAGCAUCAACAGGAGGAAAUUCUACGAAAGCUCAUUCCACAGUACGACAGUAUACGAAAUAACAACUACUCAAAGGAGCAACUUUUGAUAAAUAAGACUUUAGAGUGUGGCAUUCUCAAAAAUCAAACCCUUCAUCAGAAAAAGGAACUGGACUCACUCUUUAUGGAAAAGAUGAGAUGUCAUAUAAAACAGGAGAUCUUUUCAAAGUCUUUGCAAAGUACAGGCAAAUUCAAUGAAGACCACUGGUCCUGUUGUGGAGUAAACUGUUAUUAUUUUACCAGUGAAAAUGAAAACUGGAUGGGAUGUAAAGAGACUUGCGAAAGUUACAAUUUAUCUCUUUUGAAGAUAGAUGAUGAAGAUGAACUGAACUUUGUUCAACGCCAGACUUAUAGAGAUAGCUACUGGAUUGGAUUAUCAUACAAUGCAACGGAAAGUAAGUGGAAAUGGAUUGACAGCGGCAUGUCUUCUGGAAUUAAUUUUAAAAUAAUGAGUUUGCCUUCCGGGAGAAGAGGAAAAUGUGCAUUUUUAAGCUCAAUAAGAAUAGCAGAUAUUGAUUGUGCUAAGAAAUAUAAAUGUAUCUGUGAGAAGAGAACUGAUUGUGAUUUCACUCCCUGCUUCAAUUGACACAGAAGAAAGGAGGAUUUAUUCCAUUGUGGAAACAGAGAUGAGUCGGAAGAAGAAGAAAAUGCUGUUUUCAAUUAUGAUUUACGAGAUCAGAUGCCAUCUGUCUUCUUGGGGAAGAUUUUGUCUUUGGAAAGCAGUUUCCCAUCUCUUUAAUGGCCCUGAGAAAUUCUUUCUCUUUCCCUGAACCCCUCACAGAGCCAGGUAGAGAACUCUGGUAAAGAGCCUGGGUCUUUUCCUUAUGGAUAGGAUAAAUCAUUUCAAUAGCCUCUGGGUUUGGAAGAUAGCACAAUUAAGAACCAAGAAAUAGUUUUCCUGCUCCCUCCCACCCCUCUUCUGGAUACUUACCUCGCAUUAAAAAAAGAAUUUUUUUAAAAUUUUACUCUAAUUUCAAGCUUAUUGAAUAGUUGAAACAAUAGUACAAGGAACUCUCAUAUAACCUUUACCCAUAGGUAGCAUUUGUUUAUAU